AUGGAGAGUAAAAGAGGUCAAUCAGGACGGUUGAGCAUAUGCAAGUCUUCUCACGUAAUAUCGAAAUCCAACUCUCUUGUACAGCAGAUCAAUCCAGUUAUACGAAUUGUUCAUAUUUGUCCACCAACAAUUGUGAAUACUGAUCCAGCCAACUUCCGCGCCAUUGUCCAAGAGCUCACUGGAAUGCAUUCUAGUUGCUCCUCCAAAAAAUGCGCUCAAAAGAAACUCAACACUGCGUUUAGUCCUACGAUCCCUAAUUUCUCGAAGAAAAUGCUGAGAGCUGAUAAUCAUUCUGAUGACGAGGAGAAGAAUUUGUUGUCAAGAGGAUUAUCUUGCAGCGAGGAGCAAUCGAAGUCUCCUCUACCAGAAGUCAAGAUGGAGAAUGACCGAACGAAUUCAUCAGAUAGUUUUUGUGGAUUUGGAGAGAUGGAUAUAUUCACUUCUCUUCUGGGUUCCAUCACAAUGCUACCUGAAUUCCCUACAAUUACUCCUGCAACCGAUCAGACUGAUCACCUCAUGGGAAGUUUUAUGCCCUCAUAG